GGAUGUCGUCGGUUCUGUUUCUGCUGCUGCUCGUUUGUUCUUCUAUGGCCCGGAUCCAGAGCCUGGAUCAGGGUUCUGACCUUCAGGACCAGCUCAGGUCCGGCUUGGACCACGUGGAUGUUCCUCCGGACCUCUCGGCGCUGUGGGAUGAGCUGCGGGGUCUGAAGGUUCUGGUUCUGAGCCUGAAGGCAGUGGAGGUGGACCAGAGGCAGGUUCUGCGCAGCGUGGAGACCCGGCUCAGGGACGGCCAGGAGGAGCUGAAGGACCUGAACCGGACUCUGAGAGCCAGGGUGGAGGUGCUGGAGCAGCUCAGCGCAGUUCGUGGUUCCGAGCUGUGGGCUCAGGUGUCAGAUGUUCGGUCUAGACUCAACGCCACUGAAGUUUCAGCUGCAGAUCUGAAACAGAAGAACACAGUCUUGGCGGCCGAGCUGCCGUUUCUCCAGACCAGACUGCGGGCCAGUGAAAGUACCGUGGAGGAGCUGAGGAGGAGGAACACAGUCCUGUCCGUCAGGAUGUGUAACACUGAGAGUCUCCUAGAGGAUCUGAGGAGGCGGAGCUCAGAAUUCCCGGCGUCCAACGUGUCCUCUGGGCCGGACCGGAACGUUCCUCUGGAGUAUCGGAGCACAAAGGCUGAAGGUGACGUCACCGAGGUUCAACUCAGGUUGAACUCCACCCAGCAUCACCUGGACCAGCUAAGGACGCACACGGCAGAUCGACUGACAUCUGCAGAGAAACGACUGGAAGAGCUGACCGCAGUGACCGCAGCUCUGAUGGACAGACUGACGGACGCAGAGCAUCAACUGGACCAACUGAGGACAGAGAGCACAGACUGUGGAUCUUCUCUGUGGGCUCUGACUCUCAGACUGAACUCCACCCAUGAACAGGUCACACAGCUGAAACAACACAUCACAGAUGCACACACUGAACUGGGCUCAGUUUCAGACAAACUCACAGUGUUUCAGACCAACGCUGAAGCGCUGCAGGUGCGACUGUUGGCAGGUGAAGACGAGCUGAGGAGAAGGACUGAAGUUCAUCUGUCUGACAUCCAGUCCAGACUGGAAUCAGCUGAUCGAACGUCCACAGGGUUCCACGUCAGGCUGGUGGAGGCCGAGCAGCUGAUCCAGGAUCUGCAGAACCACGGUUCAGUUCACUCCACUGUUCUGUCAACUCUGAGGAAACAAACCCAAGACUGUGGAUCUUCUCUGUGGGCUCUGACUCUCAGACUAAACUCCACCCAUGAACAGGUCACACAGCUGACACAACACAUCACAGAUGCACACACUGAACUGGGCUCAGUUUCAGACAAACUCACAGUGUUUCAGACGAACGCUGAAGGGUUCCUCCUCAGACUGCAGGUCCAUGAAAACCAUCUGUCUGAGCUGAAAACACAGACCUCAGCUUUAACGAAACGACAGAACCAGACUGAAGAAUAUCUGCAGGAAGUAGACAGAACCAUGACCGAGAGACUGAACCGGACUGAAGAACUUCUGAGGGAAGUAGACCGAACCAUGACUGAAGAACAUCUGCAGGAAGUAGACAGAACCAUGACUGAGAGACUGAACCGGACUGAAGAACGUCUGCAGGAAGUAGACAGAACCAUGACUGAGAGACUGAACCGGACUGAAGAACGUCUGCAGGAAGUAGACAGAACCAUGACUGAGAGACUGAACCGGACUGAAGAACGUCUGCAAGAAGUAGACAGAACCGUAACUGAGAGACUGAACUGGACUGAAGAACGUCUGCAGGAAGUAGACAGAACCACAGACCAGGAGAACGUGGCCUUUUCUGCAGGUUUGACUGAUUCUGGAUCAGUCGGACCCUUCGACGACGAGACUACCCUGAUAUUCUCCAAAACCAUCACCAAUGUGGGCGGAGCCUACGAUAGAACCACAGGUGUGUUCACGGCGCCACUCACUGGACUCUACUUCUUCUGCUUCACGGCAGCUGAUUACCUGAAGGGCUACAUGGGCGUCCAGCUGCUGGUCAAUGAGCGGCCGGUUCUGUUCAGUCUGGACUUGAACGCCCACGGCGGCUAUGCCUCCACCUCCAACGGCCUGGUUGUGAACCUGGACCGCCGAGACCGGGUCCGCCUCAGUCUGCCAGCCUCCUACCGACUCUACGAUGACUCCAGGAACUUCAGCGUCUUCUCUGGGUUCCUGCUGUUUCCCCUCUGAGACUGGACACCUGGACCCGCUGGGACCAGGACCCCCUAGGACCAGGACCCCGUAGGACCAGGACCCUGUAGGACCAGGACCCCGUACGACCAGGACCCCCUAGGACCUGGACCUGCUAGGACCAGGACCCACUGGGACCAGGACACUCUAGGACCUAGACCCACUAGGACCUGGACCCGCUGGGACCAGGACCCCAUAGGACCUGGACCCACUGGGACCAGGACCCCGUAGGACCUGGACCCCAUAGGACCAGGACCCAGACUGGGUUGAACUGGUCUAAGAAUGAAAAGAGUCCAAUGUUUUCACCA